AUGACCACUACCCCUGGCUUAGGGGAAUGGAAACCCUUUGGGAAUGGACUCGGUCGAGCUAGGCAAACUCGACCGAUUGGUCAAGGAGAUGCUCCAAACCGCCACCAACAGAGACAAGGGAUUGUUCCACCACCAGUGCAGAACCACAACUUUGAGAUCAAGCUGGGAAUGAUCAACCUUGUCCAGAACAAGAUGUUCCAUGGAUUGCCAAGUGAAGACCCCAUUGACCACCUUGAUGAGUUUGAUAGGCUUUGUGAUUUGACAAAGAUCAAUGGUGUCUCUGAAGAUGCCAUCAAGCUGAGACUCUUUCCUAUGUCUCUAGCUGACAAAGCUCACCAAUGGGAGAAGAGCUUGCCCCAUGGCACAAUCACCACUUGGGAUGAAUGCAAGAAGGCCUUUCUUGCUAAGUUUUUCUCCACCGGUCGCACAGCCAAGCUUAGAGGAGAGAUAUCCAGCUUCAUCCAGCGAAACAAUGAGACAUUCGCAGAGGCUUGGGAGAGGUUCAAAGGCUACACAAGUCAGUGCCCACACCAUGGAUUCAACAAUGAAUCACUACUCUCCACUCUUUAUAGAGGAUGCUUGCCUAGGUAUAGGGAGAUGCUAGACACAGCUAGCAAUGGGAACUUCCUCAACCAGGAUGUAGAUGAUGGCUGGCAACUUGUGGAGAACAUAGCUAACUCAAAUGGAAGCUAUGGAGAAGAGUAUGAUCGCACCAACCGGAGCUCGACCCACCACUCGAUCGAGUCAGACGAAAAGUUGAGAAAAGAUGUUAAGGCAUUGAAUGAGAAGUUGGAUAAGCUGAUCCUAGCUCAGUCCACAAUGAAGAAAGUCAACUUUGUGUCUGCUGAGGAGAUGGAACCAGUCCAAGAAGGGGAGGAUACACAAUUUGCUGAGGACCAAGUAUAUCCUCAACAACAAGCAGCUCGAUCGAGUCAGGUGCCACAACAUGGGUAUGGUCAAAAGAACAAUUACCAAGGACCACAAGGCACUUUCCCUGGACAACAAAUGAAUAUCCCACCAGGCUUCCCCCACCAACCGCCCCAGCCUGCACCUUCACAAGAGAAUGAGCUCAAGGCAAUGCUAAAGCAACUACUUCAAGGGCAAGCUGAUGGGGUAGUGGACACAAGCAAGAAGCUAGCUGAAAUAAACUCUAAGAUCGAGAACCUCAACACAAGGGUUUACUCUCUGGAGAAUCAUGCUUCUUCUGUUGCUGCUGCUACAAAGCAAGGACAACUACCUGGUAAAGCUAUUCAGAACCCCAAGGAACAGUGCAAGGUCAUCUUCACUCAAGAAGGACUUGUUGAAGAAGAGGAUCAAGAAAGGGUCAUUGAAGAUUUUUGUUUACUGCUGAAUGAUGAAGAGAUUGUUGCUGCUGAGGCUCCUGGAGUCCAGAUUGAUCAACCAGAAGUGCAGGCACCUACUGUGGCCAUUCACACUUCACCAGUUGAGCUCGCACAACAAGCUCGAUCGGCAGCUCGAUCGAGUCCAACUCUAGCUCGAUCGAGUCCGACCUCUUCUGUCCGAAAGCCUGUUUUGCUUGAUCCUUACCAACCGGUUGCCGCUUCCUCGUCUCGCCUACUUAGUCAAGGUCACAAGGAAGUGAUUCACAAGUUCAGAAGAGAUCUCAGUGGGAUUGGAAUUGAGUUGCCUCCUAUGGAUAGCAUGAGUGAGGCAUUUGAUCAAAUGCAAAUGGUCAAGGAUGUUCUAGCCAACAGUGAUAAAGUUUCAGAGGUCCUACAAGAGUCUACUCAUCAGUUCAACCUGCUUACUUCACCCACCUUCCUACCAAAGGUCAAGGAUCAAGGGAAAUUCACUCUCCCUUGCACACUUGGGCAUCUUGAGAUUGACAAUGCCUUAGUGGAUUCUGGAGCAAGCAUCAAUCUGAUCUCUCUCUCCAUGGCAGAGAAGCUAGGCAUUGCUGGAGCCUUGCAGCGCCCUACUACUUCAAUCAUGUUUGGAGAUGCAACUUCUAAGUCUCCUCUUGGAGUGUUCAAGAACUAUCACUUGAAAAUUGGAGAAUGCAUCAUCCAAACUGAUCUCACUGUGAUGGAAAUGGAAGAAGAGAAGGAUUUACCUCUGUUAUUGGGAACCCCUUUCCUUAGUACAGUUGGCGCUUCAAUAGACUUUCACAAGCAAGAAGUGAUCCUUCACAAGGUUGUGAAGGAAAGGGUUGACAAAGAACCAAGAGUUGGGAAGGAUAAGGUUGAGAGAGGACCAAGGAUUGAGAAGCCACGUCUUGAGAGGGCUAGAGUUGAGAAACCACGUUCUGAUAGACCACGAGCUGAUAGACUUGUUCAAGCCCCUUGUGUGCUUGAUGAAGAGAGCCUUCAAGCUUUGUUUGAUGAGCCACUAGGAAGGGCUCUAAAAGAAGGGGAGGAUGUAGCCUCUAAGGCAAGACCAGGGAUAAAAGAAAGGAUCCACCAGCUCAGGCCCCUUCAGUCAAGCCAUCUCAGCUCACAAUGA